CCCACACACGAGGGGAGGGGACUUGAGGGCGGUGCUAAUAUUUUUCCCUAUGUUAAUUAUCUAUCAAAUGUAUUACCUAGCUCGCUAAAUUACGGAUAUCUCGUCUUCGACACAGCGAUGUGUAAUGCAGCGGUAGUUCGAUGAUUUACACAUUCUUUUCCAGAGUUUUCUGACGGUGUACCCACCGGAUUUAGCUAGCACCUACUGCACAACUCGCAAAAACUUCCCGUCAGAGCAGAGACGCAGACAGAGAGAAGAGGCUGCGCAGGAAAAGGGAACGACAUAUCCAGUCAGCUAGCUAGAAAGUAAAGAGCUUGUAACGUUAGCAGAUGAAAACACGAUCUUUUGCACUAACGUUAUUUACGAAGGAUUGCAACGGCAAAUAAACAAAACCCUCUGAAUUAUUUUUUUCUCGAAGCAGGAGUGGUUUAAUCUCGCUGGCUAGCACUCCUUUGCAACUUUGCAACAGAUUCCUGCAGCUUGCGUCGGUGUCAGCGUUUGAUAAUGAAAGCUAAGGGGAUUUAAUGGGACAUUUGCUGCGAUAGGACCCCCAUCUAUUUACUCUCUUUGGAGCCCUACUCGAAUCUGACACAAGCGCUGUACACUACAGGGUGAUCGGACGAAUUACCACUCAGCCUGGGAAGGAGGGCAGCCCCCCGGCCCCCGGGGGUCUCCCCGGCCGGCUGCAGCAAAGCAUGGCAGGAAAUCUAAAGAAAGGCGGGGGGCUAAUCGGGAUGAUGAAGGACGCUUUUCAGCCUCAUCACCACCACCUUCAUUCCCAUAAUCAGCCGGGGACCGUGGACAAAAAAACGGUGGAGAAAUGUUGGAAACUUAUGGACAAGGUGGUCCGACUUUGCCAGAACCCAAAGCUGGCGCUGAAGAACAGCCCGCCCUACAUCCUGGACCUGCUGCCAGACACCUACCAGCACCUGCGCACUAUCCUGUCCCGCUACGAGGGCAAGAUGGAGACUCUGGGCGAGAACGAGUACUUCCGCGUCUUCAUGGAGAACCUGACCAAGAAGACCAAGCAGACCAUCAGCCUGUUCAAGGAGGGCAGGGAACGCAUGUACGAGGAGAACACCCAGCCCAGACGUAACCUGACCAAGCUGUCGCUGAUAUUCAGUCACAUGCUGGCCGAGCUGAGGGCCAUCUUCCCCAAUGGCCUGUUUCAGGGCGACAACUUCAGGAUCACCAAGGCUGACGCCGCCGAAUUCUGGAGGAAGUCUUUCACAGACAAGACCAUUGUACCAUGGAAAAUGUUCCGGCAGGCUCUGCACGAAUUUCACCCAAUCAGCUCUGGCCUGGAGGCCAUGGCUCUGAAGUCCACCAUAGACCUCACUUGUAAUGACUACAUCUCCGUGUUUGAGUUCGACAUCUUCACCAGGCUCUUCCAGCCGUGGUCGUCUCUGCUACGUAACUGGAACAGUCUGGCAGUCACACACCCCGGCUACAUGGCCUUCCUCACCUACGACGAGGUGAAGGCUCGUCUGCACAAAUUCAUCCACAAGCCUGGCAGCUACAUCUUCAGGCUGAGCUGCACGCGGCUGGGCCAGUGGGCCAUCGGCUACGUCACCGCCGACGGCAACAUCCUGCAGACCAUCCCCCACAACAAGCCGCUGUUCCAGGCGCUCAUCGACGGCUUCCGGGAGGGAUUCUACCUGUUCCCUGACGGCCGCACCCAGAACCCGGACCUGACGGGGCUGUGCGAGCCCUCCCCUCAGGAUCACAUCAAGGUCACGCAGGAGCAAUACGAGCUGUACUGCGAGAUGGGCUCCACCUUCCAGCUCUGCAAGAUCUGCGCCGAGAACGACAAGGACGUGAAGAUCGAGCCCUGCGGACACCUCAUGUGCACGUCCUGCCUCACGGCCUGGCAGGAGUCUGAGGGUCAGGGCUGCCCGUUCUGUCGCUGUGAGAUAAAGGGCACGGAGCCCAUCGUGGUGGACCCCUUCAACCCCAAGGACGGCGGCGGCGGCUUCACCGCAGCCAUGGGGUCGUACGGGUCCGAGUGCGCCCUGUCGCCUAACUACGACGACGACGACGACGACCGCCUGGAGGACCCCCACCUGAUGAUGAGCAAGCUGGCCUGCUCCAAGGUGGAGCGCCCCCCCUCGCCCGUCUCCACGACGCCCCAGGCCUCGCUGCCCCCCGUGCCCCCCCGCCUGGACCUGCUGCCGCCGAGGCCGGGCACCUCCUCGGGGGCGUCCAGCCCGGGCUCCACGUCCAAGGCCUCCUCCCACCACAAAGACAAGCCCCUCCCCCUCCCCCCCGGCUUGUGGGACCUCCCGGCCCCUCCCCCCCCGGAACGCCCGCCCCCGGGGGGUCCCGAGGGCCGGCUCCCGAGACGACCCCUCCCCGGCACCCCGGGGGACCCGCCCCGCGACCAUCUGCCCCCGGUGCCCCCGAACCGCAGCGCGGCUGAGUGGGGCUCCCGGCCCGUGCCCAGGGCACCCGGCGACCUGCGCGGCGCCCGCGAGCUCUCCAACCGCCACUCCCUCCCCCUGGCCCCGCCCCCGGCGCCGGACAGACGCGCCGACGCCCUGAGGCCCAGCAGCUCCCUCGGCCUGGAGCAGCAGCUGAGUUUCGGCGGCAGUGGCCCCGGGAGGGCGGAGUACGACAUCCCCAAAGUGAAGCCCUCGAACUCGGCCAACGCCAUCUACUCCCUGGCAACCAGCCGGCCGUACCCAGCCUUGACUCCGCUGACCGGCGAGGAGGCGGAGAACGACGAGGAGUCGGAGUACAUGAGCCCCUCCUCCCGCCCCGUGCAUCUCGCCCUGGGGGUGAGCGCAGGCCCCGCCCAGCCCAGCGCGCUCAGCUCGCGGGUGCUGGUGAAUGACUUUGAAGGGGAAGUGCCACAGACGUACGAAGCCAUGUAUAACAUCCAGUCCCAGGGUCAUUCAGUGUCCCUGCCUGCGCAGACCCAAGACUCAGAUUACUCCGAUCUCCCGCCCUCCGCCAGCACCAACGGCCUCCGGGAGCCUGCCAGCGAUGAGGACGACGACGAUGGUUACGACUUCCCCAAACCGCCGGUGCCCGCCAACCUCGCCCGCCGCACCCUGUCCGACAUCAGCGCAACCUCCUCCAACUUCAGCCGCUUCUCCAUGGACAACGAGCCCAUCUCAGGAGCCUACUUCUCUGAGUCAGGCCACGCCCCCGAGCGCCCGCCCAAACCCCUGCCUCGCAGGAUCAACUCGGAGCGGCGGCCGAGCCCUGUGCCCCCGGCGUGUGGAGGCGGGGCCGGGGGCGGAGCCAGCCCCCAGAUGGCCGACGAGAUCGAGCACCUCAUGAGCCAGGGCUACUCCUACCAGGACAUCCAGAAGGCCCUGAUGAUCGCGCAGAACAACGUGGAGAUGGCCAAGAACAUCCUGCGCGAGUUCGUCUCCGUCCCUUCGGCAGCUCACAUCCUCACAUAGCACCGCCCCUCCAGGCUGCUGAUUGGCUGUCUCCUGCAGCUCUCGCAACCUCAUUGGUUGGUCUGUAACUGAGUGUGCCUACUGAGUGUUAAUGUACUGAAGAUUACAUCAGCACCAUUUAAAUCACACACACACACACACACACACACACAGGGUCAGUCAGACAGAAGCAGAUUAUUAUAAUAUCCUCGUGACUUACCACUCCUACCUAAAGUUUUAUAUUAAUAUGUAUACACACAUGCAGACCCACACUCAUAUGUAUGUACACAGUUUAAAUGUAUGGCUAAAGCCCCCGCUGAAAUGCUGCAUUAAUGAUAUAAAGGCGCGGUUUGGGGUCGUGACAGGGCCCCUCGCAGCCCAUCGGCAGGGGUCUGUCUGUGAUGAGGGACGUUUUGGACAGGGCGUGUCCCGCGGCAGGCUCUGUGAUGGGCAGUUCUGGGACUCCCCUUGCUCCAUUCCUCCCGAGCUGAACCCCAUGUCUGGAGCCUGACCUUUCUUUUGUGUUCCUCUCCUACUGAUUUAGACGGUAGGCUCCUGCGGUGCCGUGCGGCGCUCGGUCUUUGAGGCUUUCUCUAGGACGCUUGGGGCCGUUUAAAGUCACUGCUGUUGUCCAUGUUUAGCUUUGGAAGCGGUGCAGCGUUUGGCUGUGAGAGUGUGGUACGACUGUGAGGUACUGGGGUUCUGUCAUUACUUUCAUUCAGGGCAAAUUAUGGUAGUGGAUGUGAUGUGGCUUCAGAUGAAAUCCGCACCCCGUUGCUAAACGUGCGUUUGUUGCUUGGUAGGGAGCGUGUGUGUUUAAUCUGUACCGGCACCUUCCCCAGAGGCGGGGGCGGGGCCGCUGCACGUAGAAGCGGGUGUGGGAAGCGACUACCGUCUCUGCGAUUGGCUCGCGGUCCUGUCCCUCAUCCUUCACUGAUGAAUGUGUACUUUUUUUUAAGAAAAACGCAGUGUGGUGGCUUUUUUUUUUUUAUACAGUAUUUCUGAGCUGUAGUAGUUCCCUCUCUCCCCGUGUUGGGUGGGGUGCAGAGAGGCUGCUAAUAUCAGAUGGUGUGGAAAUGGCAGAACUAAUAUAUUAACAAACCCCCACCUGCGCUGUCACCUGCGGUUCGGAGACGGCACAGGUGUGCAAGACGCCUUGAAACGUGUUCAGCGCUAGUCCUGUCCUUUAACUUUAACCCUUUACUAACGUUUUAUUUGAGCUCUGUUACUAUUAAUAAAUCAGAAGUGCUUUACUGCUGCUGCUAUGGUUAGUGCUAAACAAAUAAGCCUUAAAUGUACAUUUGUGAAUAAACUGGUGUAAUUAUUGCUUUUUUAAAGUGACAGUAUCUCUUGUUUUUCUUUUUUUUUCCCAUAGCAUACUUGAAGAAAUGUUAAGAGCAUGUGAAUCUAUUUUGUGCCCAAGUCGAUAGAUUAUCAUUUUUUUCCUACCUGCAUAUUUAUAUGUACUGAGGAGUGCUGCAUUGGACUGAAAGGGUCCACUUUCUGAUCAUCUUUUACUUAUUACUUACUGCAGCAAAAAAUAGAUGAAUUAGUAAGAAAGGAAUGAGAAAAGAUUAAUAAAAAUAAAUACAGAUUUUGGUCAUUAGGUAGAAAGCAGCGCGGAUGUAGGCACUACCUCAUAGACUCUUUGACUUGUUUUGCUGUGGAGGAGAACAGAAGCACUGAUGUUUCCUACAUUAAGCUUUUUCCAGCUGUCACGGUAACCAUGAAAUGCCUUAGGAUGCCCACAUUCCUUUUCAGCCAGGUCUCCGCCCCUUUCUCCUGGUCCCUUCACCUCGUCCCAGUGCUCUUCAUUAGCUUUGUGUUGGAACGGGUUUCAGUCUGCCGAAAGAUCUCAGCCUGAGCACUUCUUAAAUGUCGCUGCUCAACAUCUGCGCGGCCAUGUUUGGAAACUGACUUAAGAGUGAAUGGAAGUGUCCAUUUUAGUGAAGUGAUACCAGACUAGUUGAGAACCAGUACCUUCCUGCAAAGAAAAAUGUAGCACAUCCACUUACAAUUACGUACAAUAUGAAAUUUGUGAUACAAGAAAUGUAUAUUUUGAAUGUGUCAAUAAAUAGCAUGUUUCUAAGGCACUUUCAAAUAUGUAGUUUGUGUGCAUGCAUGCAUACAUUGGCAAAUAUAGUAUCCGAAUGUGGAAAAAUAGUUUCCUAAUGUAUGAUUUCUCUAUCCGAAUAUUAUGUUUUAUCCAUAAGGGUACUCUGUGUUAAUCACAACAGUUCAUUGGGAAUCAGAAACACUCUUGCAUGCAAAUUACUAAGCCGUCAAUCAUUGGUGUUUUCAAUGUUUUUUGUUUUCAAUGGUGUGGUUUUGAUUAUUUUAGAGAACAAGCACACUUAAUUAACAAAAGCAUCUGCUUAGUUCUCUCUCUUCUCAGGAGAAUAAAAUACCAGUUAAAGUGGCUAUUUGCAGCAAUUCUUCCUCAAAAACUGGUGAAAAUUGUUAACCCAAUCAGGACAACAGUUUUGGAUGAUCAGGAAAAAAAACAUUUCUUCUUCUUUUUCUUCCCUUUUCCUGUUCUUUAAAAUGGGCUAAUUUUAACUCAUUUCCUCCUCACAACCCUCGAGAUUUAGUCUAAGGCCAUUUUCAAUCACUGGAAAAUUUCGAUCAGUGGUUAUUUAUAGUAGGUGUGCAGGCUAGUCUAAGCCCUGACCUUUUGCUGUGGUCAGGCCAAAAGGCUCUCUCAGACUUUACAGAACUGUAUCACUUUCUUGCCGUCUGUCUCUUUCGCCUUAUGUGUAUUUCAGAUAAAAAUUUAAUAGGACAUUUUAUUUGACUGCAUGUGACUGGGGGAGGGCGCCUUAGAAAGUUGCCAAUGAUUACUCCUCUUCACUGUGCUAAUUAAUGUAAAUAAAAUUUCCGGUUGUGUGUGCCUGUGUGCUUGUGUGCUUGUGUGCUUGUGUGUGUGUGUGUGUGUGUGUGUGUGUGUGUGUGUACAGUAUAUGAAAAUGUGCAAAGAUACUGUCACUUUAAAACCGUGUGAUAAGUAAACAUACUGAUAAGUGAAAUGAUACAAUGGAAAUGUCAGUUUUUUUGCUUUUCAAGUUAAUGUCAGAAUUUUAUUUUUUACCAACGUUUGCAUUUUUUAUCUAAAUAAUACUGUGAGCAGUGCCAUGAUUUUGUUUAAAAAUAUUUAAGGGCAUCCUUCCUGAAGCAUAGGACAAUGCUUUUUGUUUCUGUGGAAAGUGUGUGAUAAUUGCUUAAUGCUCAAAAUCCUCCCACAUCUUCAAACGUUGCAUACUUACCAGCUGCGCUCUAGUAUAGUAUAUGCCUUAUGUACGCCAUUCUGUUGGGGAACUAAGAUGGCGGUGCGGUCUCACCCACAGAUCAUGUGAUUUGUCACCAUAGUGCUUAAUCGCACCCCAAAAUGCAAAUGCUUGACAUUUUUGACUGGUUUCUGACAACCUUAUGAGGAAGAAUCCUAUAUUCUCCUCCCUAAUUUAUUCUUUUGUGGAAAUUAAGUGCAAAUCUGUCAUACAGCUCAAACGGGAAUAUAUAUAUAUAUAUAUAUAUAUGAAUAUAUACAUAUAUACAUAUACAUACAUACAUACAUACAUUCGACCACAAGAGGGAGAUCCUUCCAAAUGUUGCCAGGUGAAUGGCAGCAUUAAGUGCAAAUUUUGGUAUUCAUAAUUCAUAUCAGACCAGUGUGGGAAAAAACGAAAUUAAAUUCUGUAGAUUCCUGUUCGUUUUUACGGCUGAAACGUCCGCUGUCGCUCUAAGAGUGUGAAUGCACAUAAACUAGUUGUUUGUGCUCAUGCUGUAGCCCAGUUGCAUAUUAGCCUUAAUGGCAAAUUUAAGGAAGUUCGUCUUGCUCAAUUUUCAAUGUUUUCAAAUAAGGCGGAACUAAGUAGCAAAAAAAAGAACACUUCCUUAAAUGUGGCAUUCUAAGUCAAGGUCAAAUUUCAAAGUGGGUGAACUGAGAUCUGUGGGAAAUGUAUAACUAUGACAUGGGGAUGACAAAAAUAAUUAAACUAAUUAAAAGGAACAGGUGGUAGUGCCAAGCAGUGGAGCAGAGAUUUCUCUUCCUGUCAUUUUCAGCCUACGAUGAAAGUAUUUUAUUUUAUUUUUUUUAAUGGAAUUGUAUUGCAAUGUUUAUUUUGAAGUUACCUUAUCUUUCAUUAGGCCCAUACGAUCUGGCUUUUCUUGCAUUUUCGAACUGCUUGAAACAAAGAAAGAAUAAUUAGGCUGUCACUGAAUCUGUGCUUUAGUAUACAAAUAAUAUAUACCCUGUAGGCCUUGUAGUCUUGUCAUUUUAUAACCAGAUCCUGUUCUGGCAGACAGGUGUAUAAAGGUCGUAUUUUCUUGAUCCCAUUGAUGGCAGUAGUGGGAAGGCAUAGCUCACUAUGGGCCAGCACACUGCGUACUGUAAGGGAGUCGGUAUCGCCUGGUUACGAGCACUCUUGUGGUCUCUGGUCUCAUUAUACCAGCUCAGGAAGGUGCCAUUGGGAUGGAUUCCCUUUGCUUUGCCUGAGUUAAAAAAAAAAAUUAAAAAAAAACUUGAAUUCACCUAUGAUGGCCAUUGUCAAGUAGUGCCAUAAUUUCCUUUUAUUUAUUUAAAGUAAAAAGAGUUCUUUUUCUCUCUAAUUUAGUGUGUGGAGCACCCACCGCCACACCCGCUCCCUCUUAUUGGAUUGGUCUUAGAGAGGUGUGGCCAUGUGGGCGUGGUUUCGGAAGGGUGUCACCUGGACAGGUUAGGAUGUUAAGUUUUCCCCGGUACAGACUGGAUUAGACUCUUGUCAGUUCAUACCCAUAUUUUUUCUUUCUUUCUUUCUUUCUUUCUUUCUUUUGUACAUGUUCGAUUUCAGUGUGAAUCCGAUGCAAUGAAGUUGACUGGCAGCUUUAUGUAGAGAGAUAUGGAUUUGAAGCUGUGCGUGUAACUAAAAUGGUAUCAGUUCAUACAGUUGUUGUAGCCAAACAGACUGCAGGGACAACUUUGACUCAAGGAAAAGGAUUGGAGCUUUUUUAAUGUAGGCAGUGUUUUACAGUUAUUACAAUUAUUACUAUAAUUACUAUUGUGCUUAAAGUGAAAUUAAUAUCAGUUCUUAUAUCAGUGUUAUAAUCUUUGGAUGUUUAUCCUACGAUGUCCUUGAAUAUAAAAUAAAAUGUGUGAAUUAUUAAAAAUAUGUGGAUACCUUUAACUUUUUUUAAUCUUACUGCUGCCUGUACAAAGCAGAAAGCGAACUGAAAUAUGAAGUAUAUGAAACCAUUUCCCUUUUCAUAAAGAGUAGCACAAUUUAUUUUUCUUACAUAUUUUUCAUUAUAUUCAUGUCUAGAAAUAACUAAUGUUAUUUAUUAAUUUUUUUAUGCUGUACUCCAAUCCGAGAUGCUUAUUGUUGGUUUUGUUUCUGGAAUUUGCAUCUGCCAUUAAAGAGUUUUUGAAUACUU